UAGUAUGAAAAGAAACCACAUCAACACACACACACAGCAUUAGUAGAAACAAGGGACAUACCAAGAGGGGGGAUAGUGAGGAACGUUGAAAGAAAAUAAUCUUGAAAAUCAGCACCAUCCCCUCAUCAUCUUAACUGCAAUACAACCAAAAAACAGAUUGACAUGUUUUGGUAGACGAGACACAGAAACGAGCAGGUUUAGUUCAUUUUAUUUUUAAUUAAUUUUCGUGUAGAAAAAGCAAACGGCAAAAAAAGUAAGAGAAUGGGAAUUCCCUGACGAAAAAGUCAACCCAAUGGAUUAUAAUAUGGCAAAGUUACUACGUGUGCGCGUGUGUGUGUUUGUGAACAGCGAUUGAUCACAUAAUUCCCCCUAUUAUCAAAAAGAAUCCGUAUGGGCCCCACCCCUCCAACAGAAAAAAAACUAUCUUUUAAUUAAAUGUUUUCGGACAGUACAGUACUAUGUUUAUGAUGGUAAUGAUUAAGGUCGGUUCAUGGCGAAAUGCGCCAUGAGAGAUGCAAAAAAUAAAGAAAAGAAAACAUUGACACACACAUCUGACGACAUAAAUGUGCUCUACGAGAAAUGAUUCUAAAGGGAGUGUUGAUAGAAGAGAGCGUAUUGUAUAGAGACCAAUUCGCGAUCGAACCCAACAGCAACAGAUGAUCGAUUUUUUAGUUUCAUAAAAGUAAUUUUUUAUUUUCGAGUUCGAGGUUUUGGAUCCCAUUUUCCGUAAACACCACACAUUUGUACAUUCAUCCCUGUAGUAGUCAUCUUGUUUAAAAAGUAGGCAUUGAAUAGCUCUCAAGUCAAAAGAUGGUUUUCCUUUCUAAUCAAAGUGACCGGCGUCAUGUUUGUCCGAGAUCCGGAUGAAAAGCCGUUUCUAUCGUUAAUUUUCUUAUUUUUCCCGCAGCAAUAGAGUAAAAACCCCAUGGGUGUCGCACCUUUGUAUUGUGUAAUUAAUAAUAAAUCUUUCUAGCUACGUAACGUAUCCAUAAGAGAAGAGUGUCUUUCGUAAGCGAUAAGCGCAAAUCGAUUUCGUGUGUGCGGAGUAAAAGUGAGCGCGAAAUGGAAGUGUGAUACACCGUACCUUUUGUCAUCCCAGGGCAUCCCAGCCGCGCAAACCCGUGGACGCACACACGCCACAAAAGCCAGAAGGACCCCAUCCCCCGUUUAAGGCGGGAAGCGAAGAUGCUCCUAAACACACAUUGGGCGUCGCCGGUGCCGUUGCAGCUGCUAGCAGCCUGAAAGACAGCGCUUGUGACGGGUAGGGUGUAAUCGUGUACACGGGAUGCGAUCGGUGUUGCAUCUCUCUCGCGCGUCAUAUGCUGCGGCAUCAGUGGCAGCGCGUGUAUAAUGUUCACAGAAACGUGAAUAGCCUGGUGAGAAAUCUAGGUUGCAUCCGGCGGCGCCAAAGCCUGAGCCCGAGCAUCGCCUAGCAGCAUCAUCGCGAAAGAAUCGAAAAACGGACCUUGUAGCAAGGUAAGGCCCUUAACCAAUUCUUAAUUUUUAGUUAUGCUUUUGUUAAAAAUGUUGACAAAAAAGUUUUGAACAGAGCAGAAAGCAUAGGUUUCUAUGAUAAGCUUAGCUAGGUCGACAGCAUGCGAUUCGGAUCGACAGCAGCACACGAGAGAACGCCACAGAACGAACGAGUUUCCAUCAUCACGUAGGCCAUAUGUGCGGCGUCCCUUGAAACCAUUUACAACACGCUCCAACGGUCGUCGUCGCCAGGUGCGUGAGGCUGAUGAUGACGCCGCUUGGGUUUUGAGCGCUUAUGAAGGGGAAUGCUUUCCAACACAUGCGCACACAACCGACGCGUUGUGUGCGUGUAGCUGGCUCCGGGUCGCAAAGGCACGAGCCAUCGAAAAUGCUAUUUAUGCGCAUUUUUAGUGCAUUUUAUGUUCCGAUACCUACCCCGUUGCCGGAUUGGGGUGUUAGCUGCUUCUGGCGAUGUUUCUACCCGCCGAAAGAAGAGGGUCCGAAUGUGUUUCAUCCCUCAAACAGUCGACACGGGUAACAAGCAACUUUUCCCGCUACUUUUUAUGCCUGCUCUUCCAUAUGAACCCCUACCCCAGGAAAGGAAAAUCGCGUGCGCACGAGAGAGAGAAGAGAGUCCCAAUAUUUCCGUACCUUCUGGAUGUGCUUCGAUUCGAUGCGCUAACGGAAUUUUUGGUUUGAAACAAAAUUUUUCACGUAAUGUUCUACUUGAUUGCAAUAAAAAAAUCGAAUUUCCCGUGCGAUCAAGCAUGCAUACCGGUCCUUUCGGCCCUAGGGCGCUAGAAUAGGCUGCGGAAAGAUUGAGAUUUUCUCGAGGUUUCUUCGCGGACCGGAGCCGAAUGUGAGAAAACUCGAGAGGUAGAAAAUGCCGGUCCCUGGCUUUCCAGCCGACCGGAAAUGCUUUUAUACAGUACGCACACCAAUCCGUAUUCUAGAAAGCACGUUCGUUGGUGUGCGUUAUUUUGGCUUUCUUGGAGAGGGGGGUCGUUGUACAUAACGCGCUCUCUCUCUAUCUCUUUCAUAAUUUUCUCUUGCUCUGCCACGUUGUCCGAGCAUCGCGUUCUCAAGUCACUUUCCACAGAAAGCGUUCUUUUAAACGUGUUCCACCUUAUAAAAUCAUGAUUAUUAGUUUAAUCUCACACGCUACACAAGCUAAAGCAAAUAGGAU